AAUAUUGUAUAUUUUGUUAAAUCCACUACGUUUUAAGCAACUGUUAGCUUUCAAACGUAGCCGGAUUAUAUUUCGACGCCAAUCUCCAUACCGUAAUUACUACUAAUUCAAACUUAUGUCAAAUCACUGCACGUUUCAUGCUAAACUAAAUUUCAAUUUUCCCGCCUCUUUUUACGUAGUAUUUACAUCCUCUUUGCCUAGCAGUGUAGACUGUAGAAAACGGAUUAGCGGUUUGGCAAAUGGCAUUUGGCAAUAACAACUCUGAAGUCUGAACCUGAAGUUAGUCUCAAUUCGCAGUUUGCAGAGAGCGCUUGUGGAUUCUGUACUUAUAUUUCAUUGUUGUCAAAUACUUUAUCGUGUGUGUUGAAUACACAACUCGUGCUUUCACUGAUUAAAAUUGUUUAUUUAUUUACUGUUAUUACCAAAGAACGAAUCUUCAUGCAAAGUAAUGGAAAAGAUAUGGCGUCUUGUAAAAGGAAAGAAUUCCUCGAAACGUGAAGUGAACCAGAGUACUUACUCCUUGGUCUCGUGUGGAGAGCUGACACCAGAAAGUCUUCUGCUCUGGAACGGAUUGCCAGAUGUGAUCAAAAAAGACCCGUCUUUGGAGAAAAUCCGGCUGCGAUAUGAGGAGUUUGGCGCUGCAGAUUGCGUUGACAUCCCGAAUAACAUAGAUGUCGUACAACUUAGUAUCAACUCCGAACCCAUAUCUUUUGUUGAUAAUGAUACAGAAGAUAUUACAGAAGACGAUGCUGUCAGGGCACAAAGCGUUUCCUCGCGUGGAAGUCGAAAGGAGUCACAGAAUACCCGCACCAGACAUUAUAUAAAGAUGACAGUCCUGUUGGGAUGUUGGCUCUUCUUCACGUUCGUGUUCAUGACACACAAUGAAAAGGUGGAAUACUUCAGGACAACGGCUGUGGCGCCAAGUACUGUUAAUAACUACACACUAGAUAUAUCAAAUUCGGAUUCAGUAUUAAUAAAGCUAUUGGGACCAUUUUUAAGUGGACAUGCUGAAAUAAAGCUGAACAAGAGUGUGAAAGAGACAGCUAAUAGAUUAAUCGUAUGGUUUGAAAAUGAUACUCAUGAGAUAUCAACACAAUGGCAUGUUUUUCUGAAAAGAGAUAAUCUCAAUUUCAACGAAGGCGAGUCGAGGGAGCAUAUCUUUCGCAUGGCAACGAAUUCGACCAAUAGCAAACUUCGAAUGCGCACAACGACAUCUAGUUUGAUAGCGCUAAGAUUUAGUUUCACGGCUGAUCCGCUGGAUGGCAAUAGUGGCGUCGUGUACGCUGUUAUAUUGCUUUUUGGAUUAUACGUACUUAUUAUAUUUGAGGUAAUCAACAGAACAAUGGCGGCUCUGAUCGUGUCAACGACCUCCUUAGCAGCGUUGGCACUGGUGGGGGAGCGACCAACACUCCCGGAGAUCAUAUCCUGGUUGGACGUGGAGACAUUGCUACUGCUUUUCAGCAUGAUGAUCCUAGUGGCCAUUAUGGCUGAAACUGGGAUCUUUGACUUUCUAGCUGUUUUCACUUUUGAGGUAACGAAAGGCAGGCUAUGGCCUUUGAUAUACAUCCUCUGCAUCAUAACAGCGGUUCUGUCAACGUUUCUGGACAACGUUACAACUGUGUUACUAAUGUCACCUGUUACCAUACGGUUAUGCGAAGUGAUGGAUCUAGAUCCGGUACCAAUAUUGAUGUUUAUGGCAAUGUACAGUAAUGUGGGUGGUACUGCCACCCCCGUAGGGGAUCCACCUAACGUCAUUGUGGCCUCAAAUAAGGCUGUCAUUCAAGCUGGUAUCAACUUCACGAACUUCACUGCACACAUGUCUUUUGGGAUACUGUUCAUAGUGAUACAGACAUCAUUGCAGAUCAGAUACAUAUAUAGAGAUGUUAAUAAGUUAAGACUUAAAGUGCCAAGAGACAUACAAGGUCCUGGAAACAUCGCAUGGAAAAUAAUUGUUCACUUUGGUUGUACGCUGCAAAAAGGUCCUUGACAAAUGCACUGUGGAGCCACGCCUGACAUCCAUAUGGAGACGAUUAUAUCCAAGCUUGCGUCAUGUUGUGCGAAGGUGGAACUCGGCAGCAAGAAUCAAGUUAAAAAUUCUUCAUAGUAGCAAUUUUAUUCGGAGCAGCGUAGCCUAUAGCUUUCUCAUGUAUUGGAUAGUAUCAGUGUUAUCAGACUGAGAAAUUAUGGACCUGAAUGUAAUUAAAUUUGCGUUGGUUUGACUAUGUAAAAGGGAAAGGAAAAAAAGGGAUUAUGUCAGCCUUAUGUUAGACAUCAAUGCCGAUGUGGUAGAUGCUCUUGGUUUCGCGGGCUGUCCUGUCUGUAAAAUCGGCAGACGGUAUCAGUCGUCACGCCACGCUUUGAUGAAGUUAUCCGCUGUGCAUUUGCCGCUCUUAAUAUAACCGCUAGUUUAGAGCCAAAUGUUAGCCGUUGCGAUGGCAACCGUCCUGGUGGUAUUACCCAAGCAAAAUUGGCUUGGACACGGGGAGGGACGCUAGUAUGGGACGCGACUCUCGUCGACAGUCUGGCUCCUUCGUGCUUCAAUUCGUGCUGCUUAAACUGCCGAAAACAGCAAACGUCGCAAAUUUGUCGGUCUCAGUGAGUCUCACAUCAUUGUGCCGUUUGGUGUCGAGAUACUUGGCUCGUAGGGAGUCCAGUACUAUCUACGCGCCUCAAUAGGGUACUGGCAACCCAAGCGCUGGCAAUUAUU